UGCAGAAAAUGUAGAGCACAAGUGAUAUGUUUUCAUAGCUUUCUUAUUGUUAGAAUCACAGAUAUUUUCCAUAUACUGUUCUGUUUCCUUUACAAAUGCAAUAAAAUAGGGGUUUGAGUGACUAAAUUUGGCUUUGUGUAUGUGAUAUUUACCAAAUAUAAUUAUUAAGUUUAUGACAUACAGUUCUUUUUGUUUUUUACCUUUAACAUCAUGAACACCAAAAUCCCCGUGACGUCGUGACGUCUGCGAGUCGCGUUUCUGUCAAACAGGUACAGUAGGCUUGUUUGCUCACUGUUGUGAAACCCGGAAAACCCCGACAGACCCGUUCCUCGUCCUCGUCCCUCUGGAUGCCGGUCGUCUUUGGGUUUUCCUCAUCUGUCUAUGUUCUGGACGGAACAUGACUGGGGCCCGGACGUGGCUGUUGCUCCUGCUGGACUUUCUGCUGAUUGGGAAAACUGAUUUUAACCAAGACGGAGAGUUUGGGCCUGAAUGCCCGGAGACGCAAGUGGAAGCAGCAUUCGGCGGGAACGUGAUCCUGCAGUGCCACAUCACUAAGCUUCAGCGUGCUGUGGACAAGCUGGAGUGGGUGUGGAAUGACAGAAAGGAUGUCAAGGAUGUUGCUCUGUUUCGAAAUGGAAGAGAGUCUCAUAAAGACCAAGCGCAAGAGUACGAAGGGAGGACGACUCUGUUCCUCAGUGAGCGGAGCAAAGAGAACUGUUCCCUGAAGCUGACGUCGGUGCGGAUGUCCGACGAGGGGAGAUACCGCUGCUCCGUUAGGGUCGGACAAAUGGAAGACAACUGUUUUGUGUACCUCACAGUCUACAACAACACUCAGCAUCAAUCACCGGGUACUGGCCAGAUUAAGAAGAUAACGCCUCCUUCAAAGUCAUCUAGCCCAAAGGGUCCUGAUGCCAAUAUACCUGACAUUAUUGUUUCAAUUUUGGGUCCCAUUACGUUCUUGGGCAUUUUUGUGAUCUGGAUGAUCUGGAAAAAGUGCAACAGAACAGGGACGGACCAGCCGCCACCCGACCACAACAACCCGGGAGACAGGAACGUCCUCCAGCCUGGCGGCGUACUGUAACGAAGAAAAAAAGAAAUAUGAGAUAUGUCAGGUUUUAAAAGGGAAUCCGAGCUGUAAGACAUGUGAGCUUUAAGUUUUGGCAGCUGAUAUAACUUUUUCUGUCUUUUUAAACGUCUCGUGACAAAAGCAUUCCAGUACUGUACUCGGGGGGGGGGGGUGAAUGCUUGCGGACCACCAUGUGACCACGCUCAGGGUUUAAGUUUCUGUUGGUGUUCAGGAGCUCAGUACUGAUGGGCGGACGCUCAGGAAGACGACCCACCACUCCACGACCUCUCUUACUGCCAGGAUGUCAGGAACUGAGCGCCUGAACCUCAGGGAACUGAGACCCUGACGUGGACUGUGCUGCCUGUCCUCGGCGUGGUGCACCGUAAGCGUCCUGCACUUCGCCUCAGUUAGGGCGGCGUUUACUCUGUGCAGUGAACUCACACCUCAGUGCACUUCUUAUGAACUGCUGUGAUGAGAAACCUUGUGAACAUCACACUGAACACUUUUUGGGCAGGAAAUGAGCGUGAGUUCAGAGAUGUUAUUGCACAUAACAGGUGUACAUUUUAGAAUGUCGGGAAUCAUCCCAAACUGUGCUUCUAAGCAGCCAUGAUGGACCUCCAGCCCUGAGAGAUGUGAUGAAGUUAAUAAAAUAGGACGCACCCUAAAGCCAGCGAGGAGGAGGAGCUCAUGAUCCUCAUCACUGCAUGGUGCUGAAUCUCAAUGAGCUGGUGUGAAUCUUUUACCUUUGCAUUACUUAUUCAUCACGUCCCCGGCGUGUUAAGCUUUAAACUUCAGUUUUAACUUCUUAAGCUUAUUCUUCACUGACAUAAGAAGCUAUUAGGGAUUAAAAACAAUAAAAGCCACAGAGAAUCAUCGAAAGCUCUAAGAAAUCCACUGGGAACACUCAAUACGUCCCAAACACUAGAAAUUUGUUUGAUUUCAAGGUUUAACCCCAACCUUUACGCUAAAGUCCACAACUCGGACAGCAAACAAACUUUCAACCUCCUCCAGAAGGAAGUAGAGAACAUAUCAGUCCACACGUCCUGUGACAUUAAUUUGAUUGUUUUGUUUCCAUGCAGCAUCUGUUGUAGACACGACUCGACUGUUGGAUGAUGUACGAACAGCAGAACUGUGAUUUUAUGCACUUUUUAUAUCAAAGGGUUGUGGGUUUUUUAAAAUAAAUGAUGUCUUUUCAAAUCGU